UUUAUAAUUGCCAUGUCUGGUCGUGGGAAACAGGGAGGCAAGGCUCGCGCCAAGGCCAAGACUCGCUCUUCCAGGGCCGGCCUGCAGUUCCCCGUGGGCAGAGUUCACCGGCUGCUGCGCAAGGGCAACUACGCCGAGCGGGUGGGCGCCGGUGCGCCCGUGUACCUGGCGGCCGUGCUCGAGUACCUGACGGCUGAGAUCCUGGAGCUGGCGGGCAACGCGGCGCGCGACAACAGGAAGACGCGCAUCAUCCCGCGCCACCUGCAGCUGGCCAUCCGCAACGAUGAGGAGCUCAACAAGCUGCUGGGCAAGGUCACUAUCGCUCAGGGCGGCGUCCUGCCCAACAUCCAGGCCGUGCUGCUGCCCAAGAAGACCGAGAGCCACCACAAGGCCAAGGCAAAGUGAACUCCAACAAGGACGAAUACUAAGUCUCGUAUUCAAACACCUAAAAGGCUCUUUUCAGGGCCGUCCACUCUUUCAUAAGAGAAGCUGUUAACAUUAUGUCGUAGGGAUUUUCAUUUGGUCUCAUAACCACCAUGAGUAUUAAGUCGUGUGACAAAACAUUUAAUGGAAACCGGUAGUUUGU